UCGUCUUGGUGCCGCCAGUGCAGCAGGAUGCCGGAGCCUUCCCGCUCCACUCCAGCCCCCAAGAAGGGUUCCAAAAAAGCCAUUACCAAGGCGCAGAAAAAGGACGGCAAAAAACGCAAACGGGGCCGCAAGGAGAGCUACUCCAUCUAUGUGUACAAGGUGCUGAAGCAGGUGCACCCCGACACUGGCAUCUCGUCCAAGGCCAUGGGCAUCAUGAACUCGUUCGUCAACGAUAUUUUCGAGCGCAUCGCCAGCGAGGCCUCCCGCCUGGCACAUUACAACAAGCGCUCGACCAUCACGUCCCGCGAGGUGCAGACGGCCGUGCGUCUGCUGCUGCCCGGGGAACUGGCCAAGCACGCUGUGUCCGAGGGCACCAAGGCUGUCACCAAGUACACCAGCUCCAAGUGAGGCGCUGCGCGGGCGUUCCCAACCCAAAGGCUCUUUUCAGAGCCACCUUCCAAUCUCAAAAAAGGAGCGUGCUAUCUCGUGUGAUAAAGAACUGUCAUUCAUUUGAUGUACUUUGGGAUGGGGAUUGUACUGGACAUUGGGACACGAAGGUAAUACAUGCCUUCUUUAUAAAGAUACAUUAAUAAAGAAAUUGAUUUGAUUUAAU